GGCUUGUCAUCAGGGAUUCCGGAUGUCUGCUGUGGCAAGGAUGAAAAUUGUUUUCUGCCUCUCUCAUCUUGACAGCUUGUUUGAAACCUGGCUGCGGAUUAAAGUUUAUGUAGCAAAUUAAACAUUUCCUCCCAGCGUUUCGACGGUGCAAUAAAUACAACUGGGAUGACAACAUGGAGAGUGAAAAUCAACCCAGAGGAGAGGCGGAGGGAGUGAAGAUUCAUGAUCCACCCUCGGAGAGCUCCAUCCCAGCUGCUGACACCUUGGCAACCUCUCUCUCCCUGUUGGGGAAUCACAUGUUUCCUGAACAUGCAAAUCCUGUGGAGAUAAAUGACAAUACCAUUGUUAACAAAGAGGCCCCUGCAGAGUCAGUGUUGUCAGAUGCUCCAGCAGGGGAGCAGAGUCUGGAUGCAGAGCCCCAAGUAAACCAGGUUAAAGAGCUUGAGACUGAAGAGUCAGGGAUCUUUGAAUGUCAGAACAGUAUGUAUACGCAGCCUGCUGGCGGAGUAACAGAGGAGGCUGAUAUGAGCAAUGGCCAGGACGACUCUGGGGAAUUUGUUGUUACAAUGCUGGCCAGGGGCAAACUGGAAGAGCAAGGUGUAGGUGUCAAGGGGAGGUCAUCUCCCUUGUUGGAAACUGGCACCCUGGAGGCUCCUGCGUUUCUGUCUCACCGUGAUGAGGACGUGACCGCUGAGAGCUGGCGGCAGCACAGGAAGCAUGUUUUUGUGCUGAGUGAAGCAGGCAAGCCCAUCUACUCCCGCUAUGGCAGUGAAGAGGCCCUCUCCUCUACCAUGGGAGUCAUGAUGGCACUGGUGUCUUUUGUCCAGAGUGGAGACAACAUCAUCCGCUCCGUGUAUUCAGAGGAGCACACAGUGGUGUUCCUGCAGAAGGGGCCCCUGGUGCUGGUGUGUGUAUCCAGCAGUCGUCAGUCUGAGCAGCAACUACGUGGCGAGCUCCUGUACGUCUACUAUCAGAUCAUCAGCAUGCUCACCCAGGCCAGCAUAGCCCGAAUUUUCGAACACAAGAAAAACUACGAUCUGAGGAGAUUACUUGCAGGUUCUGAGAAGAUCCUGGACGGCCUUCUCAACCUGGUGGACUCUGACCCCAGCUUCCUGCUGGCAGCAGUGCACUGCUUACCCCUGGCUUCUUCUCUCAGGGACUCCCUCAGCCAGAUCCUGCAAAAGGCCAUCACCCCUAACCUGGUUUUCUCCAUCCUCAUUGCCAAGAACCAGCUGCUCACCAUCGUCCAAGAAAAGACUGUCAUUGAGGACGCCAGGCUGGAGCCUGCAGACGUCCACCUUCUGCUCAACCUCAUCGGAGCCUCCUCUGCCUUCCAGGCUGGGGAGAUCUGGACUCCCAUCUGCCUCCCGCUCUUUAAUCCUGACUGUUACUUUUAUGCGUAUAUUUCCUACCUGGAUCCUCCAGAAUGCACUGUUUGUUUGCUGCUGCUCUCAACAGACAAGGAGGCCUUCUAUGCCGUGGCUGAGUGCAAGAGGAGGAUAGAGGAGGCCAUGGUGGCUCAAAACUCUCUGAGUCUCAUAGCGAAAGCCCAGUCGUACAGCGUGAGCCAGGUGGGCGUCUCCGACCUCAGACACUUCAUGUACAAGCCCUUUGAUGUGCCAGACAACUACCGCCAGCUCACCCAGUUCACCAGCCCAGAGAUGGAGGCUCCAUACAGCAGCGAGGAGGAGAAAAUGAGACUGCUGGACCUGUACCGUUAUAUGCACAGCCGCAUCCACAGCACCUCCCGGCCACUCAAGCUCAUUUACCACGUGGCUGAGAGGGAAACUCUGCUAGCCUGGGUCACAAGUAAGUUUGAGCUGUACACCUGCUUCAGCCCCCUCGUGACCAAGGCCUGCGCCAUCACUGCUAUCACUAAGCUUCUAAGGUGGAUCAAAAAGGAGGAGGACCGUCUCUUCAUCAGAUACCCCCCGAAAUAUUCCACCACCCCAAACCCCAGCAAGAGCUCCCGUGGAGGAAAAUCUGACCAGCAGGACUCCACAGAUAAUGGCUUUUUAUCUCUGCUAUAGGACUCACUAGGUGCUACUUAAUGUGGCUCUGCCCUCCUCUAUCAACAAUAGUUUGCACACUGGCUACAAGGUAUUUGGAACCCUCUUGAUGCUUGUUGGACUUAACGGACUUUGACUACUGGACUCAAACACUAAGUUUUACACUAUUUAAGAAGGAAUGGUCUCUUUUGAAAUUAGUAUUAUUUCUUUACCUUAACAAGAAAGCAUGUCAUUUCAUCACUGCUUUCAGUCAGACACAGUCAGGGAAAAACAGCGUUAUAAAUGAGUACAUUUUAAAAUUGAACUGUGGUAGAAUUGUCGAAUAUCAUUGCAAUGAUAUUUAAAUGUUUUUAUAUUGUUUUAUUAAUGCAACAAAAGUGAGGGAUUUUCCUCAGACAGUGAAUGUACCGCAUCAAAGACAGUUCACAUUCACAGGCUACAUAUGGUAAUAACUAUUGCAAGGUUUGUUUGUUUGUUUGUUUGUUGUCACUUUCUUGUGUAAGACAAGAUGUGAAAAAUGAACUUAAACUACCUUUCUCAGACUGGAUCUCAAACAUUUGAUUUUUUAAACUUUUUUUUUCCAUUACACAAAAACAUCCCAAACCUUCAAAAUGCGAUAUACAAGAAAUGCAAGCACGUUGUUUUUUUUUGUUUGUUUGUUUGUUUUGGGCUUCAUGACAGCUAGAAGAGAGAGAAUUUGAAUACGCUGUAUUGUUUCAGUCCACUGAUGUUUCCACUCCAUGUCAAGAUGAUCAGCCCUUAUCCAUGUAACAUUUUGUGCAGAAUACAACGUAAAUAGUGAUCCUCACCCUUAAAAGUCGAGUCUGAUCAAGUGACAUGAUCAUCACUGUCUUUGUUAUUGUCUUCAUUACUAGGAGCCAGAUUCUCGGAAUAUCAUGAGAUGAUUUGGCUAAAGACUCACCAUUAAUUUCAUGAAAAACUGUUUCCACUUGGUACGUACAGCCAGAUUAUCAUGACACCCACAGUAGUGAGAGCUUUGAGGCCUCUUCUUUUCGGGUAAUAGUUUUGUAGCUAUGUGUACAUAAAUAAUAGCCUCAUCCUUGUGUAAUGAGGAAUUUCCUAUCAAUUGAAGUCUUAAGAGAAAAUGUGUCCACAGUAUUAUGAAAUAAACCCCAGGUUACACAAAUCUA